AUGACUCUCUCCAAUUCAACUGCUAAAGUCACUUUAAAUGAUGGCAACCAAUUGCCUUAUGUUGGUUUAGGUACAUGGCAAUCUAAAGAAAAUGAUGCUUACAAAGCUGUUGUUGCUGCUUUGAAAGCUGGAUACAGACAUAUUGAUACUGCUGCAAUUUAUGGAAACGAAGAAGAAGUCGGUAGAGCCAUUAAAGAUUCUGGUGUUCGAAGAAGUGAAAUUUUUGUUACUACUAAAUUAUGGGGUACACAGCACAGACACCCUGAUGAUGCUCUAAACCAAUCCUUGGAAAGAUUGGGACUGGAUUAUGUUGACUUAUACUUAAUGCAUUGGCCUGUUCCAAUUAAUGAUGCUCAAUGUAAAAAGGAUAACAAUUAUUUACAAAUUCCAAUGAACGAAGAUGGAACAAGAGACUUAGAUUUAGCAUCUUGGGAUUUUAUCAAGACCUGGGAACUAAUGCAAGCUUUACCAAAAUCUAAAGUGAAGUCUAUCGGUGUCUCAAACUUUUCAAUUAACAACAUUAAGGAUUUAUUAGCCUCUCCUGGUAAUAAAGAAGUCCCAGUGGUCAAUCAAGUGGAAUUACAUCCUUUAUUACCGCAAUUUGAAUUAGUUGAAUUUUGUAAGUCGAAAAACAUUGUAGUAGAAGCUUACUCUCCAUUAGGUAGUACAGGUGCUCCAAUAUUAGAGCUUGGUACAAUUAAUGAAGUUUCUAAGAAACUUGCCAUUCCUCCAGCUAAUGUAGUUUUCAGUUGGUUAAUUCAAAGAAAAAUUGUUGUCUUGCCAAAAUCUGUUACUGAGUCAAGAAUUAUUUCAAACUUACAAACUAUGGAAUUACCAGCUGAAGAAUUCUCUAAACUAAAUAACAUUUCCUCAGAGGUCGGUGAAAAGAGAUCUGUCAAACCAAACUGGACUCCAUUUAUUCCAUUUGUUUAA